AUGGGCUCCCACCCGCCGCGCCAGCUGCUGCUGCAGUUCGCCGCCGGGGCGCUCCAGGCGCAGAGCGUGGAGCGGGCGGCCGAGCUGGGCGGGAGCCCGCUGCAGGUGGAUGCCCCGAGCCUGCUGCCCGAGUGGCAGGCGCUGCUCAAGCGGGCCGACGCGCUGGCCUGCGGGGGCCGGCUCCACGAAGCCUUCCAGCUCUACCAGCUGGUCUCCCGCCACCAGCAGCUGCGGGCGGAGCAGCUGGAGAAGCUGGUGGAGUGCCUGGCGCAGGGCAUCCGGCUCCGAGAGCGGCUGCCCGCCUGCUGGAGCGGCGGGGGCAGCCUCCGGCAGCCCCGGGACUGGGACAUCUUCAGCUGCCGCAAGUGCCAGGGCUUCCUCUUCGAGCCCGUCUCUUUGCCUUGCGGACACACGUUUUGCAAAAAGUGCCUGGAGCGGGACCGGGCCUCCGAGUCCCACUGCGCCCUGUGCAAGGAAGAGGGGAGCCUGGCGGCCGGGCAGCACCUCCGCGUCAAUGUCAUCCUCAGCAACCUGCUGGCCAAGUGGUUCCCCGGACAAGUGAAGGCAUCGCAGCUCAGGCACGAAGGGAACCUCUUCUAUAAGGAGAGGAAGCUGCAAGCUGCCCUGCAGAAGUACAAUGAAGCAGUCAGCCUAGCUCCAAAUGACCAUUUAUUAUAUAGCAACCGGUCCCAGAUUAACUCUACUUUGAAAUCUUAUGAAGAUGCAUUGCAUGAUGCAGAAACAGCAUGCAGGCUCCAACCAUAUUGGUCAAAGGGUCACUUAAGGAAAGGACAAGCAUUGGCUAAUGUGGGGAAAAUAGAAGAAUCUUUAAGAGAGUUUCUAUUUUGCCUUGCCCUGGAUUUUGGGAACAGGGCAGCCAAAUCAGAGGCUCAAAAGCUUCUACUUAGUUUAUUUUCACCCAUCCCGGGAAACGCUCAGGAACACUUACCCGAUAUCCUGCAGCUGUUGUCACCUCACUCUAGAUUGAAGGGGAACCUUCUAAAUUCAGUGGGAUCUGCAGACACCAGCCAUAACCUACAAAGGUUGCUCAAGGUAAAUGUGGAACAGAAAAAGAGUUUCCCUGCUCAGGAAGAACAAAAAAUGAGUGACUGUGGCAGUCUGAGAAAAUCCAUUCAAAUGAUAGAAAGUAAAAAAGGCUGCUCAGAAGAUGAGAACAAACAUGCCUCCGCCCCAGAGUCUGCCCUUCUCAUUUCUGAGAAAUGCAGCCUUCUGAAGAGAAAGCACUGCUCUGAGGAAAUGAGAAGUGCUGAGGUGCCCUGCAAACUCAUGAAGAAAGGUGCAAUUGAUGCCAAGGGAUCUAGUGCUGGGCGCCGCGUUCCAUUUGAAUUUGUGGACCCCUCUGACCUGGAUUGUUCUUUGUGUAUGAGGCUUUUUUAUGAACCUGUCACCACACCUUGUGGGCACACCUUCUGCCUGAAAUGUCUUGAAAGAUGCCUAGAUCACAAUGCAAAAUGUCCCCUGUGCAAAGAAGGUCUCUCUGAGUGCUUGGCUCUGAGGAAAUAUUGCAAAACGGUACUGAUGGAGGAGUUAAUAGCGAAGUACCUUCCAGAGGAACUCACUGAGAGAAGGAAGAUUUAUGAAGAAGAAAUUGCAGAGCUUUCCAACUUAAAUAAGAAUGUUCCCAUCUUUGUCUGCACAAUGGCCUAUCCUACAGUCCCUUGCCCUCUGCACAUCUUUGAGCCAUGUUAUCGACUGAUGAUUCGAAGAUGCAUGGAGACUGGCACCAAACAAUUUGGAAUGUGUAUUGGUGAUCCUGUCAAGGGGUUUGCUGAUUAUGGCUGCAUUCUGGAGAUAAGAAACGUUGAAUUCUUUGCUGACGGUCGCUCUGUUGUAGACAGCAUUGGCAAGAGGAGGUUUAAGGUGAUAGAGCACAGCCAGCGUGAUGGAUACAACACAGCAGAUAUUGAGUACAUUGAGGAUCAGAAGGUGCAAGGAGAGAACUAUGCAGAGUUACUUGUUCUACAUGAUUCUGUAUAUGAACAGGCUUAUAUGUGGUUUAACUCACUCAAACAACCACUCAAGAGUCGAAUUCUCAGUCAUUUUGGUCCAAUGCCAGCUAAGGAUCCUGACCCACAGGCUAGCCCCAAUGGCCCUGCGUGGUGCUGGUGGGUCCUUGCUGUCCUUCCCCUUGAGAGUAGAGCUCAGCUCCCGUUUCUUGCCAUGAAAUCUAUGAAAGACCGCUUGAAUGGCAUCAGACGGGUCCUUACAUUUAUGUCCCGUACAAGGUCACGAUGAUGCUGAGAACGAGCUGUGAAGCCUCUUGCAAUACUUGACUGUGGAGUUUCUCUUGUAACUAUAUCUAACUGCAAUAAUGUCUUACGGAUUUGUGUGUCAAAACAGGACAAGUUUGAAGUCUAACUUUCAAAGGAAAUAAAAUAUAAAGAGCCAAGGAUAUUUACAGAUCAUUCAGUAGUAUCCAUUUGGAUCUCUGAACUUUCUUGAGAUGAGUAUUCAAUUGCUGCACUGCUAGGCUAGUAUCAUCGGUGUUAUAUAACAGAACAAAGUGAUCUUGUUUGCCAUAAACUUUUUGAAAGUUUGAGGUGGGGUUUUUUUUGUAGUAGUAGAUAAAUGAAAUCUGCAGUUUAAUGUGAAACAAAUACUGAUAGUGUUAAAGCAUUAUUUCAAUGAACUGCAAAGUCUUUUAUUCCAAAUGGUUCAGGUUUAUAUAGCAUUGUAUAUUAUAAUGUCCACAACUUCUGUUUGAUCAUUUAU